AACAAAGCCAAGGAAUCAGCACCAAAAAGAAAAAAGAACAACAUUGUUAAAUUAUGGAGGAAGAAAGCCAACUAAACACAUUGCCUAAAUACUUCACUCUCAAAUUGAGGCAAAAUGGGCGAUAUCUUCGUUACGUUAACGACGAUAAGAUCAUGCAUGGGUUUCUCAAGUUCAAUGGAACUCAUGUGGUGAGUCCAUUCGCAAAGUUUGAGGUUGAAAAGGCUAAAGAGAAAUCUAACAAGGGUCUUGUUCAUAUCAGGUGUUGUUACAACAACAAAUAUUGGGUUCGGUGGUCGGCAAAAUCCAAGUACAUUGUGGCAACGGCAAACGAACCCGACGAAGACCGAACAAAAUUCACGUCGACUUUGUUCGAACCGACCUACGACUACGAUCGAAAGGUCUUCCGAUUCAAACACGUGCAACUCGACCGAUAUGUUCAGCCAAGACAACACAUGGCAAGGCAGUUCCAAGACGCGCUGUUCGCCGGAAGCUCAGGAUUCGAAUACGACGAGUCAGAUCUGUUUACAGUGGUGGAUUGGUCAACCUUAUUCGUACUUCCAAAACAUGUAGCAUUCAAGGGCGACAAUGGGAAUUAUCUCAAAGUCCAUUCUUCAGGGACUAAAUACUUAGAAUUUUCAGGAUCCGAUGUAGGAGAUCCAAGAGUGGGAAACCAAAUCUUCACCACUUCAGAUGGGCAUGUAAGGAUUAAAAAUGAUUAUCUGGGAAAAUUUUGGAUUCGUGAUCCGAAUUGGAUUCAUGUGAAAGCUAGUGAGAGUGAUUUUGAUGAUCCAAAUACUCUGUUUUGGCCUGUUCGCCUUGGGGAUGGCCAUGGCGUUGCGCUUCGAAACAGAGGAAAUGAUAAGUUCUGCAAGAGGCUGAGUACGGAGGGGAAAGAUAAUUGUUUGAAUGCUGCUGACAAUAGCAUCAGUGCUGAGGCUAAGCUCCAGAUUGAAGAACUCGUCAUUUCAAGAACCAUUUAUGAUGUCAAUUUUCGAGUUCUUGACGCCCGAUUCUACGACGAGACGCCCAUGACUAUGAUAUCUAAAGAGGUGGUGAACAGAAACAGCGAACCGGAGUUGCAAAAGGUGAAGCUUCGGUAUGAGGAUACAAAGUCGUCGACAUGGACAAACUCGGUAGGGAUGAAGUUAGGGAUGAAAAUGUCGAUUGAAUCAGGGAGUCCAGAGAUAUCAAGCCAAGAAGUAGAAAUAUCAGCGGAGUUCAAAGAGGAAGUAACAUGGGGAGAAACUAAAGAAACUAAGUCUAGAAGGGAGGUGGAGCACCAAGUGACAGUACCACCUUAUACUCGAGUUACAGCCAAAGUAUUGGCCACUAAAGGAUUUUGUGAUAUUCCAUAUUCAUACACUCAAAGAGAUGUUCUAACCAAUGGCCAAGUUGUAAUUCAACACUUUGAUGAUGGGGUUUACAUUGGAAGCAAUUGCUAUAACUAUACCUUUUCCACUGAACAAGAAGAUCUCUAAUUCAAGACGAGAAGUAUUGAAUCAUAGAAAUCCAUCCAUGUACUAAAUAAUGCAGCUAUUUUAAUUUCCUUUUGUGUUGUUUUUGCUUUAUAAUGUGUGUGUGUUCAUGAUCUAUGUUUUGAAGCCAAUAAAAUCUGGUCCAUGCCAUGUACUCAUUUCAUUUACUUUGGGCUUGUUCGGUGUUUUGGGAAGUGUACUUCAAUUCAUGCAAUUUUAUGAGUUAAAGUAUUGUAUGUUUAGACCCUUUUUGGGAUCUAAAAUUGUAAAAAACCAAAAGAAAAUAAGGGUUUAUUUGGUUAA